GUUCAGUGUGACGAGUCGUCGUUCUGCAGCACAAUACAGACACUUCCUGACAUCAGAGAGGAUGAAGAUCAUGAAGAUCAUGAGUCAAGCGCACCUGAGGACUGUUGUACCGACAAGUGUUAUCUUAGAUGUCCAUUCCUGGACAUAGACACGUCCCAGGGCAGAGGGAGGGUCUGGUCUAACUUCAGGAGAACAUGUUUCUCCAUCGUAGAACACAACUACUUUGAGACAUUCAUCAUCUUCAUGAUUCUGCUGAGCAGUGGCGCUCUGGCAUUCGAGGAUAUCUACUUGGAGCAGCGUCGGGUGAUAAAGAUGGUUCUGGAAUACGCAGACCAAGUCUUCACCUACGUGUUUGUAAUCGAGAUGCUUCUCAAGUGGAUCGCAUAUGGAUUCAAGACCUACUUCACUAACGCAUGGUGCUGGCUGGACUUCAUAAUCGUAGAUGUGUCUCUGGUGUCACUGACAGCAAACAUCCUGGGAUACUCGCACUUGGGAGCCAUUAAGUCUCUAAGGACUCUUAGAGCUCUGAGACCCCUGAGGGCCCUGUCCCGCUUUGAGGGAAUGAGGGUGGUGGUGAAUGCUCUGGUCGGAGCGAUACCGUCAAUCUUUAAUGUUCUUCUCGUAUGUUUGAUCUUCUGGUUAAUCUUCAGCAUCAUGGGAGUAAAUCUGUUUGCAGGAAAGUUUUAUUUCUGUUUCAACGAGACAGCAGAAGAAAUAUUUCAUUCUGAUGACGUCAAUAACAAGACUGAGUGUCUGGCACUGAUCAACUCAAACUUCAACGAAGCUCGCUGGAAGAACUCAAAGAUCAACUUCGACAAUGUGGGAAUGGGCUACUUGUCGCUGCUGCAAGUGGCCACAUUUAAAGGUUGGAUGGCCAUCAUGUACGCAGCAGUGGACUCCAGAGAAGUGGAGUUACAGCCGAUGUACGAGGACAACAUGUACAUGUACCUGUACUUUGUCUGUUUCAUCAUCUUUGGCUCCUUCUUCACUCUCAACCUCUUCAUUGGAGUCAUCAUUGACAAUUUCAACCAGCAGAAAGCAAAGUUGGGAGGAACAGAUAUUUUCAUGACGGAGGAGCAGAAGAAAUAUUAUAACGCCAUGAAGAAACUGGGCUCCAAGAAACCUCAGAAACCUGUUCCACGCCCCAAGAACAAGUUCCAGGGUUUGGUCUUUGACCUUGUGACAAAACAGUUUUUCGACAUCUUCAUCAUGGUGCUCAUCUGCCUCAACAUGGUGACCAUGAUGGUGGAGACAGAUGAACAGAGCACAGAGAAAGAGAUGAUCCUCUACUGGGUCAACUUCUUCUUCAUCAUCAUCUUCACCACCGAGUGCUCUCUGAAGAUCAUCGCACUUAGGCAGCACUACUUCGCAGUGGGCUGGAAUAUCUUUGACUUUGUGGUCGUCAUCCUGUCCAUCGUAGGUCUUCUCCUCGCUGACAUCAUAGAGAAGUACUUUGUCUCGCCAACGCUCUUUCGUGUCAUCCGAUUGGCUCGUAUAGGUCGAAUUCUUCGUCUCAUUCGUGGAGCUAAAGGAAUCAGGACACUGCUCUUCGCCCUGAUGAUGUCACUUCCUGCCCUCUUCAACAUCGGCCUCCUCCUCUUCCUCAUCAUGUUCAUCUUCUCCAUCUUUGGGAUGUCAAACUUUGCCUACGUGAAGAAGGAGAACAUGAUAGACGACAUGUUUAACUUUGAGAACUUUGGGAACAGUAUGAUCUGUUUGUUUACGAUCACAACUUCAGCUGGAUGGGAUGGUCUGCUGAGUCCCAUCAUGAACACGCCACCGGACUGCGACCCGGACAUGGAGAACCCGGGAUCCAUGGUCCGAGGAAACUGUGGCAGCCCAGCUGUGGGUAUUGUCUUUUUCACUACCUACAUCAUCAUGUCCUUCCUCGUGGUGGUCAACAUGUAUAUUGCCAUCAUCUUAGAGAACUUCAACGUGGCCACAGAGGAGAGCAGCGAGCCGCUGUGUGAGGAUGACUUUGAGAUGUUUUAUGAAACCUGGGAGAAGUUUGACCCCAACGCGUCACAGUUUAUUCAGUACAGUCAGCUGUCGGACUUCUGCGAUGCUCUGCUGGAUCCUCUGAGGAUUCCCAAACCAAACACCACGAAACUGAUCCACAUGGAUCUUCCUCUGGUUCCUGGAGAUAAGAUUCACUGUCUGGACCUCCUGCUCGCUCUCACUGCACAGGUGUUGGGUGAUUCAGGAGCGAUGGAUUCUCUCAAAGCAAACAUGGAGGAGAAAUUCAUGGCCAACAACCCAUCCAAGGUGUCGUAUGAACCAAUUAGCAGCACCCUAAGGAGGAAGCAGGAAGAGGUGGCAGCGAUGGUAAUCCAGAGAGCGUACAGGAAACACCUCUUGCAGCGGACAGUCAAAGUGGCAUCCUACAAAUAUCGCAAGAAGAUGAGGGGGCAUCAAGAUAAGGAUUUGUCUCUGGAGUCAAAAGGACUUGUGUUUAAACGGAUCAGUCAGCUGUACGGAGACAACCAGGACUCGACUGGUUCUGAGUCAUUCACUCAGGUGGAGCUUCAGAGUGAGUUUCUUCUUCACGCUGCUCCUACAGUCAUCGCCCCCAACCUACAGCAAGAUGAGAACCUGAGAGAAUCAAUAGUGUGAUGAGGCCUCUUGUUUAAUGUCUCUUCUUUUCUCUGCACUGUGUGAACUCACCUGUGUGUCCGCUGCUCUGCCAACAGGACACACGUCUUUUCAGCUUCAGAAUCAUAUCAGGAGACUAAAGUUCAUCAGGUUGAAAAUAUGUGUCAGUUCUGUUCCUCUUCUUGAAAACGUUUCAUUACAUCGUAUUCAUUUUCAUCUGCGCUGACGUACAUUUUAAUCAUUUGUAUUAACUUCUGUGUGUGAUAAUAGACUAGUAAUCAGUGGGUGUUGGCAUUAGUUAGUCUUAGUUCAAUUCUGAUUGGUUUAUGAUCAGAAGCCUCAUCUUUUGAUGGACAUUUGUGUUGACUAAUUAUAUGAUGUUAUUUGUAUUAAAAGAAACCAAUCUGUACCAACGAUGAAUAAUAAUUUAAUAUAAUUGUAAUUAUUAAUAUGAUAAUAAGAAUUUGAUUUCAUUCUUAUUCAAAUAGAAGUUGGGCAAACAUUUGUUUCCAGAACGCUGAAGGCUGUAGUUAAACUUUAAAAUGGUUAAACUACACCCUACAUCUCUAAACUACAGUUGUUUACUGGAUUCACUCAGAGCUGAUGUCAAACCUUGGUUUCUUGUUGUUAAGUUUUAUAAUGUGAUUGAUAGGAAAGUGUCAGAGCGAUCAGCUAUUCAGCGAUGAACCAAAGUUGUGAUGAAGUGAAAAUAAAAUCAAAAC